AUGACAUCCCGGGAGCAGCUGGUGCAGCAGGUGCUGCAGGAGCUGCAGGAGGCAGUGGAGUCCGAGGGCCUGGAGGGUCUCGUUGGUGCUGCUCUGGAGGCCAAGCAGGUUCUGUCUUCCUUCGCUCUCCCCACCGGCCGGGAGGGAGGUCCUGGCCCCCAGGUGCUGGAGGUGGACUCGGUGGCCCUGAGCCUGUACCCAGAGGAUGCUCCCCGGAACAUGUUGCCGCUGGUGUGCAAGGGCGAGGGCAGCCUGCUGUUCGAGGCGGCCAGCAUGCUGCUGUGGGGCAACGCGGGCCUCAGCCUGGAGCUGCGGGCCCGCACGGUGGUGGAGAUGCUGCUGCACCGGCACUACUACCUCCAGGGCAUGAUUGACUCCAAGGUGAUGCUGCAGGCCGUGCGCUAUUCCCUGUGCUCUGAGGAGUCCCCGGAGAUGACCAGCCUGCCGUCCACCACGCUAGAGGCCAUCUUUGAUGCGGACGUCAAGGCCACCUGCUUUCCUAGCAGCUUCUCCAACGUGUGGCACUUGUACGCCCUCGCCUCCGUCCUUCAGCGCAACAUCUACUCCAUCUACCCCUUGCGCAACCUCAAGAUCCGGCCAUACUUUAACCGUGUCAUCCGGCCCCGCCGCUGCGACCACAUGCCCGCCACGCUGCACAUCAUGUGGGCCGGCCAGCCCCUCACCAGCCAGCUCUUCCGCCACCAGUACUUUGCCCCCGUGGUGGGGCUGGAGGAGGUGGAGGCUGAAAGUACCAGCCCCGGCCUGGCCCCGCUGCCCCCGCUUGCCAAGACCCUGGAGCUGCUCAACCGGGAACCUGGCCUCAGCUACUCCCACCUCGGUGAGCGCUACAGCAUCACCAAGAGCACCUUCUACCGCUGGCGGCGGCAGUCCCAGGAGCACCGGCAGAAGGUGGCCACCCGCUUCUCGGCCAAGUACUUCCUGCAGGACAGCUUCCACCGCGGGGGUGUUGUGCCGCUGCAGCAGUUCCUCCAGAGGUUCCCCGAGAUCUCCCGCUCCACCUAUUAUGCCUGGAAGCACGAGCUCUUGGGCUCUGGCGCCUGCCGGGCCCUGGGCCCCAAGGAGGAGCUGGCCAUGGAGGAGCUGGAGAAGCUGCCGGAGCAGCAGGUUGCCAAGGGGCUGGGGUGCUCCUCGUCGGCCAUGUCAAGCCCUGGAGUGGUCUUAAUGCAGCGGGCCAAGUUGUACCUGGAGCACUGCAUCUCCCUGAAUACGCUCGUACCCUAUCGGUGCUUCAAACGCAGGUUCCCCGGCAUCUCCCGGUCCACCUACUACAAUUGGCGCCGAAAGGCUCUCCGAAGAAACCCCAGCUUCAAGCCUGCACCAGCCCUCUCGGUAGCCGGGGCUUCCCAGCCAGCAUCUGUUGGGGAAGAGGCCUUGCUCCCUUGGAAGGGUGAGGCAGGAGAAGGGGCAGGGAAAGCAACGGGUGGGGGGUCACCUGCCCCCCGGGAGUUCCUACCCCUGAGGAUGCCCCUGUCCCGUUGGCAGAGGCGCCUGCGCAGGGCAGCCCGCAAGCAGGUGCUCAGUGGGCACCUCCCUUUCUGUCGCUUCCGCCUCCGCUACCCGAGCCUGUCUCCCUCCACCUUUUGGGUCUGGAAGAGUCUUGCCCGGGGCUGGCCCAGAAGUCCGUCCAAGCUCCAGAUACAGGCCCCCAGCUUGGGCAAAGGGGGCAUGAAGGAAGCGGAGGAGAAACGGGAGAAAGAAGCUGGUAGGAAUGUGACAGCUGCCAUGGCCCCACCUGCAGGGACCCUGCAGAUGGCGGCUUCUCCAGGAGAGGAUCCAGGGAAGGCCCUGGGAGGGCCUUCCAGAGAGGGGGCCCUGCAAGAGGGGGCCACGGCCCAGGGCCGGCCCCCCAGUGGGUCCCUGUCCAGCCACCCUGUGGUGGCAGCAGCGGCGGGUGGCAGGGACGGCCAGGUGCUGGUGAUGGACGUGCUCGCCACCACGAAGUUCAAGGCCCAGGCCAAGCUGUUCCUGCAGAGGCGCUUCCAGUCCAAGAGCUUCCCCUCCUACAAGGAGUUCAGCGCCCUCUUCCCCCUCACCGCCCGCUCUACCUACUACAUGUGGAAGCGUGCCCUCUACGACGGCCUCACCCUGGUGGAUGGCUGA